UGUAAACAAACAGUAGAGGUUAGGUUUAUUCGAGAGACUUCUUUUCCUGGAUUUUAUACCCUUGAAAUCAUAGAAAAUGUUGCUUGUGUAAAUGAUCUUGGCAGAUAAACCUUUCAUCAUGUAACUAGCUCAGUGUUCUUGCAAUUAGUUCAUAAAUACUUUAGUUUUCGUCUCAAUCAGGGGUAACUUUCAACCCCUGUCAAAACUCAUUCAGAAAUGGAUUUUGGGUCACUGCUCUACACUGCCCAGAAAAAUGAUCAAAAAGUCAAAGAGGCCCCGCAAAGAUUUUACAGCACCAAGUUCGCUCCGCCAAAAAAAGAAGAUAAAAAGCAGAAAAACUUGUCUGCAGGCAUUAAGAAAUUCCUUGAAAAGAAAAAUGAAGAAGAGCAAAGGAAAUUAGAGGAAGAAAAGAGGAAAAAAGAGGAAUUAUUGGCGUUACGAAGUAAAGACAAAAAGUCAACCAAAAGAAUACAAUCAAUGUUACAAAGAACGAAAUCUGCCAACAAAGCUGUGAUAGAUGAUGCUAAGGAUGAUGUCAACACGGCUGUGACAGCUGCAGGUCCAAUGCAGUGUGAUGAAGAUGAUUAUGGCUACGUUUCUCAAGAAGCAUCAUCACUUUACAAUAAGUUAAUGGAGAAAUAUUUAGCACAGCCUGCUGAAGAAAACAAAUUUUCGAAGAAGGUUGUAUCUGCCAAAGAUAUAUCUAGUACAAGGGACAGAGUAAAAGCUCAACUGGAAAAGGAAGAGGAAGAAAAGUACCUACCUCGAAAACGGAAAAGAAAAGACAAAGAUAAAGAAAAUGGUGCUCGGGACGGGGAGGAUGAUGAGGAAAAAAGAGAUGGAGAUGAAUCAGAUGAUGCACCAACUAGACAUGGAAAAGAGAAAGAGAGAGAAAAACCAGAAAAACCCAAAAAGCCGCGAAAACCGAUGCCCCCUCCUAUGGAUUUUCAUGAACUUCUUAAAAUCGCAGAGCAAAAACAACAUGAACCUGUGGUGGUUAAAAAAGAAGCUCCAGUCGUCAAACGGCAAGAGCCUGAAAGGCUAAUGACCAAAAAAGAAAAAUUAGAAUAUGAACAAGAGAGAGAAAGAAGAUUGAGGAGAGAGCGGGAAAUGGCCCUGAAGAACAGAAGAAAAGAUGAGAUUGGGAAGAAACCAAGCUCAUCCGACAAAAUAUCUAGUAAAAAGGUAUCCAUAUCUGAGUCAGACGAAAGUUUACCAGCAGAGGAGAGGUUGAAGAAAGACAGUAAAGUUUGGUCAUCUCCAAGUAAUCUCACAAGUGAUAAAAAUAGUAAUCUAGCAAGGAAAAAAGUUAUGGAAAGGGAUGUGAAAAUAUCCCAAAACAAAAAUUUAAGUGCCUCUAAGAGGCCUCCGUCAAAUGACGACAAUAGGAAAUUGAAUGGUUUCAAAAGUUCACCCAAGAUUAAUGAAAGCAGUUCAUCCAGCUCAGUUCGGCGAGAUCUUCAGUUUGAUCGAUCUGAGGAAUCCUCACCCUCAAUCCUCAAGAAUACAUUACAGAAGCCAUUAUCUGACUCUAGUAGGAAUGAAAAAAGUAAAAAAGUUUCUCUGCCCCCCGAAAAGUCUAAGAGUUUAUCUAGUAAAGAUCCAUAUUCUAAAUCUAGAGAAUUUCCGCCUAAAGAUGGUAGACCUCGAGAAUUUCCCCCUAAAGAUGUCAAGUCGAGAGAAUUCCCUCCGAAAGAUAUCCGAUCUAGAGAAUUUCCCCCUAAAGAUGUCAAAUCGAGAGAAUUCCCUCCGAAAGAUAUCAAACCUAGAGAAUUUCCUCCCAAAGAUGUCAAAUCAAGAGAACUGCCUCGCAAAGAUAUCAAACCAAGAGAGUUUCCUCCUCGAGAUCUCUAUCCAAAAUCUAGACCAGGAGAUAUGAAGAAAAAACCUUUAAAAGUUGUGAAACGACGUAUUGAGUCUGACGAUGAAGAUGAAUAUGACUCUGAGCUGGACGAUUUUAUAGACGAUGAUGAAGAUGAUGCUGCGAAUGAAGUUUCCAAAGCCAUUUCUGAAAUAUUUGGUUAUGAUAAAUCAAAGUACAGAUAUGUGGAUGAUGAGGAUGAUGUUGCUAUGGAGUCCAAUUUCCAUCAAGUUCAAAAGGAGGAAUUCCACAGUGCGAGGAUUGGUCUUCUGGAAGAUUUAGAAGAUAUCCAGAGAGAAAAGGAAGAAGAGAGGAGGAAGAAAAUGCGAAAGCUGAAACAACAAAAACUAACCCAGAUGAGCAAGCUCAAGAAACAUUAGUUCGGCCUCCGGUAACGUCUCCUUCUCUCUCUCUCUCUCUCGGGUUCCUGAAGAGGCAGCAACUCAAAGCGACAUGCCUGAAAGUCAAGGUUUAUCUCAUUCAUCUCAGCGGUGUAGCAAAGACACCAUGAACUCUAUUUGCAACGGGAUAUUGACAAUUCCUCGUAUUUGCAAGUACAGUCUGGAAAUUAUUGUGGGAACGCAUUGAUACUGUGGUCAACUUUUCUCUGAAAAAAUUCAGUUUGGGAAUUGGGUCUGAUUUUCGACUAAUCACUGGUAAUUUAACCAUCAUUGAAGUGCUCAGACAAUUUACUCAGACUGUUUUGAGUGAGAAUUAGACUUUCCUUUCUUUCUUUCACCUUCAUUCUUACCAGAAAAAAGUACAAAGUAAGAUUCCAUUCAGUGCCACUGGCCCAUUGAAAAUCCUCUCCAUCAGUUCUUUCUCGAUUUUAAUCCCUCUUAACCGAAAGCAUUUUCUAUUUUUUUUAAAUGAUUUUAGUUUCAGUUUUAUUUUUUAGUAUUUGAAAACUCUCAAUUUUAGUCCAAUCAAUUUUAAGAAGCUCAUCGUGAGGUAGCAAAGUUUUUGUAAUGUUAGCCUCGUGAUGUUCCUCAGGAUGUGCUGAUAUAAAUUAUUGCGCUCCAUGUGAAUUAUAUCAGAGCAAAGACCCUGAAUUUUUAUAAGUCUAGGAUCAGCCUUAGCAUUCCAGAACGGGGACAAACCAUUGGAGAAAAACAGAAUUAUGUUUUAUCCAUGCAUAUUAAAUUAAGUGUUCAGAAAUCAUUGUUGGCCAAAAUAUUCGGUGUUAAGUUAAAGUCAGCAAAUAGGAAGGCAGACCUUUCUAGACUGAUUAUAAUACUAUUCUUAGCCAAGAAAUUUUUUGAAAGUAAAAUGAUUUUUUUCUACAUGUGGUGAGAUUUUCUCACUAAAUCCAAGGAACAGAUCAAAUCUGUUUGCAACCUGCGACUGACGAGGAAUGAGGAUAUAAUUUUGACCUAGGAAUUAUCAGGGACAGGGAAACCUUUAAUGGCACAAGAUAUUUGUGUAUGUUUACAAAGAAUUUUGGAAAAAUCUUAGGAUUUCUAUUGCCUCAUAAACCGAAAAAAAAAAAAUCUUUAGAUUUUGCCCGUUGCAGAAACAUUUGAAAUUUCAAAAAUCGUGUUUUCCAAAAAAAAUUUCUAAUGCAAGAAUCUGUAGAUGUAUAAAGAGAAAGUCUGUACGAUUCACUAAUUUCUCUGCAGCAUUUAUGUUGAGCAGUUUAUUUAUAAGUUGUAAAAAUUUAAAACUCAACCCUUUCAAAAUAUUUUAUAAACCAUUUGUUAAGUUUUGUUUUUGUCACUACCACAAUAAUAAAAGUCUUUUAAACACUUGUUAA